UUUUCUUGUGAAUUUGCAUUGCAUUCAGAAAUUUGCUUUCCACUUUUUUGUUUUACAUAUUGUCUUUUUCUUGAAAUUUUGCUCACCUGAAAACUGGUUCUCUGGCCGGGAAACAGCCAUUUUUUACUUCUUAAAAACCACCAAAAAGGUUUUUCUUUUUUUUUACUUCAUUAAUCUUUUGGUUAUAUAAUCAUUUCUUUCUCUCUUUUUUUUCUGUUUGUAAAAUUUUGAUCUGUGACAUAGAACAGUUUGCAAAGCAUUAAUAUCUGCUGGAAAAAAUGGAGUCAAGGGAAGCUAUGAAUGCUGGAGUUACAGUGAUAGCUCCAGAAGCUCCAUCAAACUAUCAUAUGGCAUCAAGAACAGAAUCUACUCCGUUACCACCCGGAACAUUAGCGGUGAUUACCCCUCCGGUAGCUACUGCCUUUCCAAUUAGCUCAGAGAAGAAGAAAAGGGGACGUCCUAGGAAGUAUGGGCCUGAUGGGGCAGUUGCAAGGACAAUUUCACCUAUGCCUAUUUCAGCAUCGGCGCCACCAACCUCCGGCAACUUCUUGUCGGAGAAAGUGAGUGUUGCCCGUCCUGCUUCGGAGAAAAAGCCUCGAAACAAAGUUGGGGCUGAGAAUUUAGGUGAAUGGAUUUCAUGUUCCACAGGUGGCAACUUUUUGCCUCACAUGAUCACAGUUGAAGCUGGUGAGGAUGUUACCAUGAAGAUAAUCUCAUUUUCUCAGCAAGGGCCUCGAGCUAUUUGCAUUAUUUCUGCUGUUGGUUUGAUAUCAAAUGUCACUCUACGCCAGCCAAAUUCAUCAGGGGGAACUUUAACUUAUGAGGGUCGAUUUGAAAUCCUUUCUUUGUCUGGAUCCUUUACUCCAACAGAGUUUGGGGGUUCUCGUACUACUAGCAGAACCGGAGGAAUGAGCAUUUCUUUGGCAAGUCCUGAUGGUCGUGUUGUCGGAGGUACACUUGCAGGACUGCUAAUAGCUGCUAGUCCCGUCCAGGUUGUAGUGGGAAGUUUUCUACCAAGCAACUACCAAGAGGCCAAGCCAAAGAAACAGAAAGCAGAACCCAAAGCAAUAGCUUAUGGAACGCUCUCUCCUGCUGCGCCCCAUAGCUCUAAUAUGGAGCCUAGAAGUUCCAAUGCACACACUGUAAAUGUUCCCGCAGCUGGAACUCAAAAUGUUAUUUCUUCUUCCAUUCAACCAAAUCACUGGACCACCAUGCCAUCUGUUCAAGAUUCAAGAAAGUCUACUACAGAUAUUAACAUAUCAUUGCAAGGAGAGUAAUCUGAUCCAUCUACGUGAAUUCAUUCCCAGAUUCUGAAGCACUUCAUACGCAGUACCUGAAUAGUAUAACGUCUGAUCGGCAAUAACUUUUGUUAGGAUAGAAUCUGUUGUUUCAUCUGAAGAGCAUCUAUGAUUAUGGUGUAGUUGCAGAAUCUUUGUUGUAGGGAACUUUUUGAGUGCUUUAACAUUAAACACGUUUGGUCAAAAAGUUGAAGGUUUGUAGUUACACUCAAAUUGUUGCUUUCUUUUGGGUAGUUUCAGAAAAACCUUGUAUCUCAAAUUCUGUAGCUAUUAUUGUUCUAAUAAUAUUAUGCUUAAAAGGAAA